AUGAACAAUCAAACAGAUGUCACUGAAUUUAUCUUCUUGGGAUUUUCCAACCAUCCCAACCUACAGGGCUUGUUCUUCCUGAUCUUCCUGGUCAUUUACCUGACAACCCUCCUUGGGAACAUGCUCAUAAUAACAUCUAUCAGGAUCAGUUCUGCUCUCCACACUCCAAUGUAUUACUUUCUGAGCAACUUGAGCUUCUUGGACAUCUGCUACACAUCCACCACCAUUCCAGUUACGCUAAUGAACUUCUUCCGGGAGAAGAAGACCAUCUCCUAUGACAGCUGCCUUUCCCAGAUCUUUUUCCUCGUGACAUGUGCUGGUGCUGAAGGUGUAUUACUGGCAGCCAUGGCUUAUGAUCGCUAUGUAGCCAUCUGCCACCCUCUUCAAUAUCCAGUGCUCAUGAGUGUAAAGGUCUGUGUUUUUUUGGUGACUGGGUCCUGGCUAUGUGGGCUGGUGAAUUCUGUGACACACACAGUGCUGGCAGCCACACUCACUCUGUGUGGAUCCAACCAGAUCAGUCACUUUCUCUGUGACAUCCCAUUCCUCCUGAAGCUCUCCUGCUCUGACACCUCUCUCAAUGAGUCUGUGCUCCAUGUGGCCAGUGCUCUCAUUGGCCUGAGCCCUUGCCUCUUCACUGCUGUGUCCUACAUACUCAUCAUCUCUGCCAUCCUUAGGAUCCCCUCUGCUCAGGGCAGGAGCAAGGCCUUUUCUACCUGUGCAUCCCACCUCACUGUGGUGGUGGUUUUUUAUGGAACAGCCAACUUCAACUAUGACAGACCCAGAGAAGGCUACUCCCUAGAUAUGGACAUCCUAGUCUCUGUACUCUUCUGUGUUAUGACUCCCAUGUUAAACCCCAUUGUCUACAGCUUGAGAAACAAGGAGGUCAAAUGUGCCCUGAGGAAGCUGAUUGGAGUGGCCAUGUUCAGUAAAUCUUAUUUUAAAUCUUAUAUUAAGUGA